AUGUCCGCCAGCGCAGAUCCCUUCCUGCGUGGUCGCGUUGCUCGAUUCGAGCAUGCAGGCAAAGCAUUUGUGCUCGUCGGAACUCACCACGGGCUGCCGCGAGCGAGUAGCAUUGCUGUGGAGCGCGUGCUGGAGGCCGAGCGACCCGACACCAUCGUCGCCGAAUCCACCUACUCUCGCUUCAAGCUGCCGCCCUACGACACCCGAGCCUGCGAGUUCGCCUUCACCUCGCAGUGGGCUCUCAAACACAAUGGCAACCCCGUCCAUCGCUCGAUCCAGGGACUGCACCGGCCCUUCCACGAGGUGCGCUGGGGCGGCAUCCCCGCCGAGGAGCAGUCGGGCGCCUACGUGCGGCCGCCGCCGGCCGGCCACGCCAACACCGACGUGACGUCAUCAAUGUCGAUGUCGACGUCUUUGUGGUCCGCGGGCGCGCGGUGGCUGCUCGGGGCGUCGGUCCCGCUGUACUCGGCGGCCGUGGUGCCCCUCCUGCGGCUGGGCGACCUGGCGAGCCGCGGCACGCACCGGCUCCUCGAGUGGGACGACCGCAACUACUUCCUCCACCACCACCCUCUCGAGUACAAGGUGUACAUGAGCAGCGUCGAGAGGGAGAUGUUCUUCAUCAAGGCCCUGCGCGAAGCACCGGGCACCAAGGUCGUGGGCGUGUUUGGCAUGCUCCAUCUGGCGGGAAUUAUGGCGAUGUGGGAGGAGUACGGCAAGGCGCCGUAUCGGCUGUGGCAGACAACGGAGCACGAGGGCAAGGACGUCACCAGGGCGCUGGCCACGGCCUACAUGCCCGCCGUCGCCGCCCACUGGCAAGCCCACAUCCAAGCUCUACAAAAACAAAACAAAAAAAUGUAG